CAUUACCCCGAAUGAAGCAUUACCCCGACCAUAACCCCGAAAGGUUUAAAACCCCGAACUUAUUCAAAGAAGCAGGAUUCUGUUUGCUGGCAUGUAGGUGUCUUUUCAUCUGUGUAUCCGGGGAGGAAUGGGAGGUGGGAGGAAGUUUGUUAUGUUGUUAACAUAAAAUUUUAAAGUUACCACUGAAUCAAUGUAAUAUGUUUUGAUACAACAAAUAUGUUGUGUGCCGCAGGCUCAACAGAAUUACACUUGGUUCUCUUUUUGUUCGUAUUAUUAGUAUUAUCUACAUCAACGACAUUUUCAACACAACGUUGGCUCAUCUCGUUUUUGUUCGGAUUUUUUGACACGUUCGUGCCAAAAUAAGUUUCCAUUUUUUCUUAGGCAACAAGAUAACUUGACAAAUUUCAUUGUCAUUUAUGGCUACAUAUCUGUGAGAUUGCGGAAUAAAUACAAUGCUGCAGAUAACAACGAAGCAUCAUAAAAGGAAACCAGUGCCUUAAAAAUUCGAAGUGCACCUGAAUUUAUUUCAUUGAUUGAGUAACAAAGUGCUUGAUUAGAAUUUGUACUAUGUGGUAGUUUAAAUAAUAAAACCUAACAGUACUACUACUAUAACAGUUAUAGAUUGUUUCAUUGUUUUGUAAUGAAUUGUAUCACCCCUACGGCUACUUCCUUUACAUUCUUAGUGGCCUUAGGGAUUCUGGCUUAUAUCUGACGACAGAUUUUAUGAUUAAUAUCAUUCAUUGAAUGUGACAGAAGAAACAUUUCAAUGAAAAGGCAGUAUCAUAGUAAGCAUUGAAUUUCACAAACAUUACUUUUCCAACAAAUAUCAAUUAUAAUUAACAACGUAUAACAUAGCAACAUGCUAAGCAACCUUAUGGCCAGAAAGUUCUAAACAAUGGACCUGUGCACGAGUUCACGAAUUUGACGUUUGAGCGGUGCCGAAUUCACUUGUUGCCAUGGUCACGUAAAUAACACGGCACCGCUCAAACGUCAGAUAGUGAACUCGUGCAUCGGUCCAUUGUGCGAUGCCUAUAUAAUCUGCCAUGCGCGUUCUACUCAAUUAAGUUUCGUUUCAUCAGUUGAAGGCAAUUAUUGUUCAGCAAAUUGUUCGUGGUUGAUCAGCUUCUUCAUAGUUGGUGUUUAGAAGCAGUGCGAUGAAAUGUCUUCUGCCACUCAACAAGUUCCAUCCCUCGCGGUAGUUACAGAGGCGGCAGCACAAUCGAAUAACCCGAAACUUAUCCGAUCUAUCAGAGGCAAAUUUAUAUUGUGUUUAGGAGGAUUCAUCUACCAUGUGAAUAAGACGGUAAGGAGUACAGAUUUUAAAGUUGAAUGCACCAAUAAUUACUUUUAUUUUUCAAAGGUCGCAGGCGUAAUGUAUUGGGACUGUGAGAAGAGGCGAACUCCUGGCAAAUCCAUUCCAUGCAAAGGUCGAGCGAUAAGCGAGAAAGACAUCGAAAAUACUGCACGGAUGACCGCUGCGCAUAACCACGAGCCAAACGCAAUGCGUGUAGAAAUCGCUAACUUCCUAUCAGAGUUAUUUAAUCACGCCCAUGAGAACAACGACGCACCGGAGAAGAUAAUUAGACAGGUGGCAUCGAAGACUCCUGCUGAGGUACUAUCAUCCUUGAGCAGAGUUGCUCAAAGAAAGGUGAUUCAACGCAGCAGAACGGAGGAUGACGACCUAGCUGAGCCAAACGAAAACUUUGACAACGUCAGUGAGCGAUUCGUUAGGACCCUGGACGGUGAAACCUUUUUGCAGAGGAACAUUGAAUCUCCCGGUGGCCGUAUUUUAAUAUUCACAACUACCAAACAUAUUCGACUUCUUUCGCAAGCUCCUGUUUGGAUGAUGGACAGCACAUUUUCCACUGCGCCAAAAGGCUUCUGCCAAAUUUUUUCAAUUCAAGCUAGCAUUGGAGAAGAUAACGUACGAAGGUUUCUGCCUUUAGUAUUCAUGUUACUGCCAAAAAAGGAUGAAGCUACAUAUAUAGCGGCAUUCGAAGAGUUGACGGAGAUCGCUUCUCAAGUAGAAAUUGAAUUAGGUCCGAAUCUUCUGAUGGCGGAUUUUGAACUUGCUCAAUUGAAUGCUGCAAGAAAAGUUUUUGAAGGAGCAUCAACUCACGGUUGUUAUUUCCACCUUUGUCAAAACAUGUAUAAAAAAGUUCAACAACUUGGAUAUCAGACGACGUACGGUGGCAGCUACAGAGUUCAACUGAUUUUUAAGCAAUUACCUUCGUUAGCUUUUUUGCCGGCUUCCGAAAUACCUAAAGCUUUUGAUGAGCUAAAGGAAAUUAGUUCAAAUAUGUUACCAAAUUUAUUUGACUAUUUCUCUGAUUAUUAUGUCCAUGGAAAGCAAAUUUCCAGGAAGAAACGUCGCGCUCCAGUUUUUCCUCCUACACUGUGGUCUGUACACGAAAAUGUACUGAACAACAUUCCAAGAACUUCCAACAACUUGGAAAGAUGGCAUUGCAAGUGGAAUGGAUUAUUGAAAGCCAUCCAUCCGUUGUGAAGCAAUUUCAACUUGAAGAAAGCUCAGUCAAUGCAGAACUGCUUCGCGUAUUACAAGGAAUUCCAU